AUGUGUCUUUUUGCGUCCUUGCUUGAUUGCUUUGCUCCAAAAUCCGGUUCACGGAUUAGCUCAACCGAUGAGAGUAACUUGAAAGCUUUGUCCUUGGAAAGACCAAAAAGCAAAUCGGAAUCUCCGAGAGCCCCGAUCGUCGUGUCUUAUUUUCCGGUUGGUUCUAACCUUUCGCGUUUGUAA